GACAAAAGAAACUUUGUUUACCGACCGGUUAGAUAUAUUAUAUUUUGAAAAGGAGUUUCAAGCUUCAAUGUGUGUAAAUAAUCCUUCAGGACAGCUUCCACGUUUCCUUGUCUUUAUGUGUCUUUCAACUGAUAAAGAAGCCGCAUGGUAACAUCUUUUAUAUAUUUCUCUCUCCCUAAUAAAGGUACGUGACAAAUACUUCAAAGAUCAACAGUCAUCGUCAACGACAACGAAAUAGUUUAAACGAUUUGCGAACAAUGGAACAUCGAUGUAAUUGUGGCAGUGCACAUGAUUCAACAGAAUUAGGCGUCAAUUAUAAUUUAUAUGAAAAAAUAGAUAAAGAUAGAGUAGAAUGUCUAAACGAAACUGAGGAAGGUAGUGGUGUAAAAGUCUUUAAAACAUGGGAAGAGAGAUUAGAUAAAUCAGAGUAUGUUCAAAGUGACACUGAUGCUGAGCUCCUGUUCAAUAUACCUUUCACAGGGGAUGUAAAAUUGAAGGGGCUUAUUAUAAUUGGAGAUGAGGAUUAUUUGCCCAAAACAGUAAAGUUAUACAAAAAUCGACCACACAUGGUAUUUGAUGAUGUAAAUAUUAGUCCAGAACAAGAAUUUGAGUUAAUUACAGAUUUGUAUGGGAUCCAUGAAUAUCCUGUGAGAACAGUAAAGUUUUCAUCUGUGCAGCAUUUAAGUCUUCACUUUGUUGGUGAUCAAAAUAUGGAACAAAUUAGAAUUUAUUAUAUUGGUCUCAAAGGAGAAUGGACUCCAACUCAUAAACACGGUGUGACUAUUUGUACAUACGAAGCACGUCCCUUAAUCAGCGAUCAUCCAACUGAUUUGAAUGAAAUCAGGGAGAUUAAAUGAGAUCUUAAUUGAAAUCCAUUUUUGAAAUCCUGGUCUUAAACAUAAAAAAAUAAGCGAUAUUGAAACGACUAUUACGAGAUAAUGUACUAUAUCUUGCUGUAGAAAUUUGUACAAUAUAUGAAAUCAUUUAAUCAAAAUCCUGUAAUAAGAAAUUUUGGUACAGUUUUAUUUCAAUUACAUUUAUAUUUUCAUAUUCUUCUUAUUGGAAUUAUGUAUUCUAUCAUAAGAAAUGUACAUUAAAGAAUUUACUUACUUAGCAAAUAUAUUGUACAUAUUUUCAUCACAUUACACCAUUUUAACAAACUUCCUGUGGCAUGGUAUGUAAUUACAUUAAUUUUCAAAAUAAAAUUAUGUUUUAUGUU